AUGACAUCCACCUAUAUUACAGAAAUUAGGAAGAAGCAGAAGAACUAUCUAAAUUGCCUAUUCAGCAAGUUUGAACAAUAUUCCAAUGAGAAGGUUCUAACAAAUUUGUUAAACAAAUCCUUAAAUGAAAUUGCACUGUACCCCUUCCAAGAUGUUAGCGACAACGAAGUUAUAGAUGAUGUGAACGAAUACAUCAAUGAUCUAACGAUUAAUGCUGAAUAUAAGAGGAAAGAAAUAUUCAAACAUUUGUGCGAGAUUUUUCUAAGUGACAAUUUCUAUAUAUAUGAUAAAAAAGACAGAUACGAAUUGAAGUUUGUUAUUUUAAAAUUAUUAUUUCUCAUUGGAGAAAGCAAAACAAGUGAGAAAACGCAACACAUUGAUCAUCUAUAUGUUAAGUAUUUUCACAAAAAAGAAGAAAAGGAAGAAAAAGAAGAAGAAAAUGUGACCCCCCCUUUGAACAUAAAUGAGCAAAAAGCUCUACAUGAUAUACACAACUUUAACAUUCAAGAGAAGAACAAAUAUCUUAAAGAGCUAUACAGCACGGAUGAUGAAAUUACAAGAUUGUCAUCCCUCUCUGGAGAAGAGGACACACAAAUUGGCGACUUUGAAAAAGAUCAAUCCGUGCAGGAUGGUUAUCCAAGCGAUGUGUACAAGCAGUUAGCUAAUUAUCAGAAUCAGUCAAACGGAAACAAUGGCGCAGAACCAAAUAGCAAACAUUUUCACGAGGCACAAUACACCCAAUAUGUAGACAGCUAUAUGAAGAACAAAAAUGAUUUAACAUAUGAAAAUGUCGUCAAGAAAAUAUCGCAAUGUGUUUAUGAAUAUCCUCAUUAUGAAGAUGUGGGGAGUCAUUGGACACACAAUGCUCGAUGUUCCUUCCAGAGUAACCAAUCUGUACCUCACCAUGACAAUAUGUUAUCGUAUGAUCAUGUGGAGGAACAUGUACAUAAUGCUAAUGUAGGUACUAAUGCAGACAAAAAUCACGCACAUCGCCAUAUUAAAACCCGUAGCUCUAGCACAACAUCCGAUGAAGACAUAUUUUCCAGCUUAAAAAUGAGGAAAAAUAGAAGCAAAGAUACAUCCCUCCCACGCAGACCAAGAGAACAAUAUUUUUUUAAUAACAUAAACCUUUUCUAUGAGGAAUAUCAUGAGAGUGAAGAGAACGACGCAAGCAUUAUAUACGAGACGGAAAUUUACAAUUUGCACAACGUGUUCGCCAGUGAUAAGGUACAGGAGGGGAAAGAGGAGACACGUGGAGAAGUAACCCAUAGGACGAACCACCCAGAUGGUGAUGCACUGGAUGAUAAAUCAUCGGGGUACAAUUACACACAGGGGAGGAAGGGUUCUUCCCGUUAUGCUCACAGAUCGAAUGAGGAGGAACCCACACAAACGGAUGAUUCAGAACAUGGAUGUAACAUGAUUCUCGCUGAUAAAGGGAAUAUUAUAAAUGCUGGAAGAGCUACCAUGGGAAGGAAAAAUAAAAGGAAGGGCACAUUUUACGUAAGCGAAAUAUUUAUCAUAAAAGAAAUCUUGAUGAUAUUGUCUUUAAAUUGCCCCAUAAAAUUUAAGGAAGACUUUUUUACCAACUUUUCCGAUUUUUUAUUUAACCACGUAAUGGACAAGAACAAAAUAAAAGAGGAUUUUUUAUUUUACAUAAAUAUAGAAAAGCGUGAAAAAGGUCAAGGAAGUGCCCCACAUGGAGGUGUAACACAAUACCGAGCAGUUAUCAGCCAAAUGAUGAAUGUCAAACAGUAUAACUUAAGAAGAAGAACGUUUAAAAAUUAUGUGAAGAAAAUAAAAAAAAUUAGUAUCAAAUUAUUUUAUUUGAACAUUUUUUUUUUUUUGGUAGAAAAAUUUCGGUAUUUUUUUUUUUUUUUGCCAUACAAUUUAAAGGACAUUUUUAACCACAUCAUAUAUAUAAGAGAACACCUCAGCCAUAAUGGGGGGAAGAACAGUUUGUUAUUUCUUUUCGAACAGAUGAGUUUGACUGGAAGCAAAGGCAGAGCGAAGAACAAUCUGGGUAGCAAUAUUAACGUGUACUACCCGGGCAAUUUCCUCGAUUGCUUUAUUGACUCCCUAAAAUGUAUUUUUUCCGAAUGGAUUUGCGUAAUAGAAAUUUUAUACAACUAUCACAUUCUGUUGGUCAUGAAGCAGUACAACAUUGUGCCCCUUAAGGACGAACAAAUUUUGGAUGUUCUAAACAGGAUGGGCGGAAUACGUCUUAUGGAUUAUCUGCGGGUUGACCAUUUUGUGAAUUGGAAAUGUCGCAAAAGGGGAACGCAACAAUACAGGAAGGUACACUCGUUUGAGAUCAUAAGCCAAUUUGAGGAGCUCCACAGGGGUGAAGUAACAAGAGCAAGUGCUUCCUCCCACGCACGCAGAAACAAGUGGGAAAAUGCAAGGAAACUACUAGAUGGGGAGAAAAUUGCCAACUUCAGAUCUCUUAGCCUUAUCCACCUUCAGGUUAUAAUGAGUAAAUACCUAUACGUGUGGAACAAUCUCUACGAUUAUGUUGACUUUAUGUUGUCCUACCUACUUUAUAACAUCGGUGCGGAUGAUUAUACCCAUUUCAAUGCCCUAUAUGAUAACGCGAAAAAGUUCUGCAUCUGCUACGACAUGACAGUACUGUAUUGGAGAAAUUGCCAAAUUGUAAAUAACAAGUCGCUUGAAAAAAUUUUCCGCUUCCUUCUGAAUGGGUUAAAUGUGUACUACUCUAAACAUAUAAGCACUUGGAUUAAGAAGGGAAAAAUUGACGAUAGCUUUAAUGAAUUUUUUGUGUACUCGCAGGACAGGGGGGAUGAUGAAGGGCCAUUUGCCAAUCAUAUGCUUUUUAUAAAGAAGCAGGGCGAAUUUGUCUUGUGCCCAGAAUUUUUUAACUCCUUUGUUUUUUUCCUAAUAAGUCUCGGAAAUAACAUUCGCUUGUAUAUGAAAAUUAGUCACGAGAAGGAGGUAGACUACGUUGAUUAUUAUUUGAAGGGAGGAGGGGAGCCCCGCCAGCUGAAGCGCCUUGCGAAUGGGAAUUAUCAGGAUGGCUUCGGCGAAGUAGGGCAUGCUGAUGAGCGCAGCCAAGGGUGCGACGGCGAAUACAGUGAUGAGAUGGGUAACGAGAUGGAUGAUGAGAUGGAUGAUGAGAUGGGUGACCAGAUGAAUGAUGAGAUAGGUGACGAGCGUGAGGACCCGUGUCACGCCCCCGCGCCCCCGCCUUGUCGCCCCAAACUAUUGCACAAAAACACCCUCAACUAUUACUAUAAUAUAGAAAAUUUGAAACGCGUCCAAAGUAUCUCCUUAGACAUCAUCUCGACCAUUCUGACGACUCGCCCAAAUGAGGAAAACCUCCUGUCCUCCUUUAACAAAAGUAUUUUGGCAUUAAACGUAUCAUACGAUUUGUAUAUUAAAAAGUUCCUUCAAGAAGAAUUCUUUCAUCUUUUCCUUCAAAGCAAUCGCAUCUUUUUAGAUAGCCUAAUGAAAUUUUCCUAUUUGUUGGAAUACUUUUGUUGUUUGCGUAGUUUAGUAUUCCUUGAAAUAGCUGAUUAUAUUUUUCCUUUUUUUGAGUAUAUUUUUAAGGAGGUAUCCAUUCCUCUUAUAGAUGAGAGGAACAUGAACACGACGUUUAGGCAAUGCGUUUUACAAAAUGUAAAUAGGCCUACGUCUAACGUGGAAGGAUCCAAUUCCUGUGCGUCAUUUUUGCACAAGCGCUUUGUCCUGCUCCAUAUGAAUAUUCUGAUGCAGAAGAAUUCCCACUGUGAGAAAGAAAAAAGGGGGGAAAUGUGCCAAACGAUAGAAAGGGAUGACCCAACCGAUGCAGAGCAACAUCCUCUGCACUACCACAACGGUGAAGUAUACACUGGAGAGGAAGAACGCCAAGUCGAUAUUAGGGGUGAUAAUAGAAGUAUUCCCACCAACUUUGAGCCAUACCGCUCAAAUUUAAUACAUCCAGGGGAACCUCUCCCAAUGAUAAAAAUGCGAGCCCAAUCUGCAAAAAACAGAACAGCGCAUAGCUACACUACUGGAAAGGGACAAAGGAAUGAGAAGUACGAAGAAGAGCAGAAGAGAAGAGAAUCCUCCAUAUGUCAACAGUUGAAAAAAAACUUCUACAAAAAAGAAAUCAUAACAAGUAUCUUGAAGAGAUUCUACUUUACCUUAAGGGAAAAUAAAAUGUAUAACAACAACAUGCGUGUUAUAAGCUACAGGAAUUUGCUAAUUGAGACAAGGGGAAGUGGGUCAUCUUUUGUAAAUUUUUUAUUUGAUUCGAAAUGUUUGGAAAAAUACUCAACGAUAUUUUCAUAUUUUCUUGAAAUAAAGAAAUCUUUGCAUAUACUAAAUUUAGUACACAUAUUUUAUAAGUACCUGAGAACAAAGAAAUCAGAACAGUAUGAAUCUGUCCACGCAAUUAUCAUCUCUUUGUGUGUUUUAAAAUAUAAAAUAUUCUUCUUCCUGAACACUUUGUAUACCUACUACCAGUGGGUGUUGAGCUUUUCGUGGAAUCAGUUUAUUUCCACAUUAUUAAAAUCGAAAUCCUUGUAUCAGAUAAAACAUAGUCAUCAGCUGUACUUAACUUUUUUAAUAGAAACAAUGUUAGUACCGAUACGUACCAGACAUGAUGAGCUGCACAAUUUUUACAUAAAUGAGGAACACAGGAAAAAUGUCCUCCUUCAGGAAUAUGAAAGAAGAAAGAUCGUUUUUAAUCCAUCCUGGAAUGACAACGACCAUGGGGAGGCUCAAUCCGAUUCUUAUAAUAUGUGGGAUAGCUCCACUGUUCCUUUAGAACAUACGAAUAAUUACGAUUCUGGACAGUUGUUCAGCCAAAUGGCCCAUGAUGCGAACAAAUACACACAUGAAAAGAAGAAACCAAGCGAUGCCAUAGAACGUACAGCCUGGGAAAAUACCAGCGCCAGUUCCCGCCCUCAAGGCUCCUUCAAUAAGGAGUUCCUGUUAAAUGAAUUAUUCUCCAAUAACCUUCUUAACCUGUUAUCCAUUCCUUCCGAAAUUUACCAUAUCCUUCUAAAGCUGAGCAAACUCUUCAAUGUCAGCUUUGACCUAAAUUUUGACAAUUCGUAUGAUAUGGCAUUUCAGAGGGAGGAAGAGGAAGAUGAUGAUGAUGGUGAUGAUGAGGAUGAGGACGAGGAUGGUGACCAGUACGAUGGAGAAAUAAUGAAGGUAAAAAAUGGAAUCCUAAACAAGGGGAGCAAUGCAGUAGAAGAUGGCAAAAGAACGUACCCUAAAAACGGACAUGCAAAAAGUGAUGGGAAGAAUGCCGCAGAUAAAGAACACAUUUUAUUUUCCAUAAACAGUUACAUAAAAUCUCUUGCAAACAUUUUCGAUAUUCACUACCUGGAGUUUGUAAUGAAGUUAAAUAUCAUUUCUUUGAAUGUGGACCAGAAUAGCUUCUUUGGCCCCCAUAGGGAUUCUAGACUGUUUAACCACAUUUUGAGGUUAGACAAGAACAUUCUGAAGAAGGUAACCAUUUUACAGUGUAUGUUAUCUUUUCACUCCUUUAACGCUGAUGCUGUGGAUGUUGCCUAUAGUCAGCUACGUUAG